AUGGCCUUGAGGAAUCAUAGCACAAUCACCCAGUUCAUCCUCCUUGGGCUGUCUGCCGACCCUCACAUCCAGACUCUGCUCUCUGUCCUAUUUCUGGUGAUUUACCUCGUGACUCUGAUAGGGAAUUUAAUGAUGCUGCUGGUGAUCAGGGCUGAUUCCCACCUCCACACACCCAUGUACUUCUUCCUAAGCCACCUCUCUUUCCUGGAUCUUUGCUUUUCUUCAGUCACUGUACCCAAGUUGCUGGAGAACCUCUUAUCUCAGAGGAAAAUUAUCUCAAUAGAGGGAUGCUUGACUCAAGCCUUCUUUGUGUAUUAUGUUGGAGGAACAGAAAUCUUUCUGCUCUGUGCCAUGGCCUAUGAUCGCUAUGCUGCCAUCUGCCACCCUCUGCUCUAUGGCCAGAUGAUGAGCAGUCAGCAAUGUGUGAAUUUAGUAUGGACAUCAUGGAGCCUGGGUUUUCUGGAUGCACUUAUCAAUGUUCCCCCAGCAGUGAAUUUGAACUUCUGUGCAGCCCAUACCAUUCCCCACUAUAGCUGUGAGCUGCCCUCUCUCUUCUCUUUGUCCUGCUCUGAUAUCUCCAUCAACAUCACUGUCCUGGUCUUCUCUGUACUCUUGCAUGGCUUUGGUACCUUAUUUUUUAUUACCUUUUCAUAUACCCGUAUUGUCGCAACCAUCCUGAGCAUCAGAUCCACUACAGGCAGAAGCAAAGCCUUCUCUACCUGUUUCUCCCACCUCACUGCAGUCAGCUUCUUCUAUGGAUCUGCUUUCCUUCGCUAUCUGAUGCCAACAUCAGGCUCCCCUCUGGAGUUGAUCUUCUCCAUACAGUAUGGUGUGGUCACUCCUCUUGUGAAUCCCCUCAUCUACAGUUUGAAAAAUAAAGAAGUAAAGGGAGCUGUGAAAAGAACCUUGGGGAAGUGUUUGCAAUGGCACAGGUAG